CAUCCGUGGCACAGGACACCGACCGGCAAGAGGGAGAAGAGCUUCACCAAGCAGAAUCUGAAGGCCCUGGCCAAUCAAAUCAAGAGGCACCAUCACCACCAGAGCAAGUGGACGAGAUGGGGGAGCCGAAACCGAAUGCCGAAGCAGUGAUGGAAGAGAAGCUUGGCCAACCAACACCACAAGCGCCAUCACCAGGACCACCACAAGAACCAGGAGCCCCAGCGGACUCCGUGCACCCAGCGGACUCCGUGCACCCAGCGGCCUCCGCGCCCCCAGUGGAAGUAAAGCUGAAAGAAGAGUCUGACUCCGACCGACCACCACCUGCAGCCACUGGCCUAGCAACAGCCGACAGGGGCAAGCUGGUGGGCCCUGUGGUCGUGCCGUCACCACCGCCACCGGCUGCUCCGGCUGCUCCGGAGGAGCCCGGAAAAGACGAACCGGCAAACGACCCUCAUCAAACGCCAAAGGUCCUUAAGGCUUAAGCUUGGUGCUUACCUAAUACUCCGCGUCUAUGACGCUAGGGCUAUACCGAGUGGAUUCCUUGCCAGUUUCAAAAAGUGGGUGGUGGCUUUAAUGUCCAGAAAGGGAACCCACUCGAGUCUGCCUCCCCGGCAAAUAAUCUAGCACGAACUCUAACAUCAAUCCAGCAGGUUCACCCUUGGCACCGGG